ACGCCCCCUUUGGGCAUAGGUUCCAAAGUUCCGAUGUUACGAUGCGUCUGCAACUCGUUGAACAUAACCGAACCACUCUUUCCUGUGGUUUCAUGUCUAUCCAACUUUAGGGAAGCAGAGUGAGCAGACCGGGGAUUCCGUUCCUGAAAAGAUGGAACAAACACUCGGCGACGCGAAGAAGGAAACACUCGAAAACUCUGCGCCACCUAAAGGGUCGAAUCCCCCCAACAGAGCUCAGAUCAUUAAUGUCACCUACAUUAUUGUUGCACUGGACAUUACAUGGAUGUUCGUGCAGUUCGCUGUCACUCCUUACUUGGCCAAGAAACUCGACUUUGACACCUUAUGGUUCGGCUACUUGCAAACCACCGUUGGCGUGAUUCAGCUGCUUGGUGGACCAAUCUGUGGAAGAUUUGGAGAUGUCUUUGGGGCCCGGGCGGCCUUGUCCCUCUCCUGUGUGGCUUCCAUCGUGUUUUUCUUGUUGCUGGCCGUCGCAGAUACCCCGGCCAUGCUGUUCGUGCAUAAACUACCUGUGUUCUUCAUGCACGUGUUACCUGGGUCCCAGAUGGUGUUGGCCGACCUCACAGAACCAGAGAAUCGUGCGAACGCUCUUUCUAAAAUCGGUAUAUGUUUUGGCGUCGGCAUGAUCGCUGGCUCCACCAUCGGGGGCAAUCUGAACACCAUGUUUGGGGAGACCAUUACUGCAUACGUUGGUGCAUUUGGGUGCAGCUUCACUUUAUUGUUGGUUCUAAUGUUUAUCCCAAAAAGCACUAAACCUCAAUCUCCAUCUACUAGCAUUAACCGUGAGAACGGUCAGAGGAAUAAGUCUAUAUUUAGUCUGGCAGAGAUCACCAGACUUCUGAAGUUCCCUGGUAUUACCAGAAUAUUCCUCAUUAAGAUCAUAUCAGGAUUACCAUCAGUUAUCUUCCAGGUGAUGUUUAGCAUCAUAGGGAUGAACUUCUUCAAGUUGGAACCCGCCCAAUCGGGCUAUCUGAUGGCCUUCUUUGGCAUUGCGCAAAUGGUCAUACAGGGCUUCGUGAUCGGCCGGGUAACGAGCAGAUACUCAGACGGCUCUCUGCUUCUAUUCUCCAUCGGAGUCUGUGCUAGUGUGGGACUGGCCCAGGCAGCCAUGCAGAAUGUGUUCCACUUCUGCCUGAUCGUCUUCCCCAUGGUGUUCUCUCUCUGCCUGUUCAACGUCAUCACAGACAGCAUGCUCACCAACUCAGUCCCCGCCUCUGAUACUGGCACUUUGAUGGGACUGUGCGCCUCUUCGCAGUCUCUGCUUCGCACCAUCGCUCCGACCAUCGGUGGCUUUCUCUAUGAGAAUUACGGUGUGCCCUACUUUGGUAUGAUCCAGUGUGCCGUGAACAGUGUUUUAUUUGUGUACCUCUUUAAAUACGGCCUCAAAAAGCAGGAAACCAAACGCGAAUGACGACUUCUUCGGAAAGGGUACUCUUCGUUUCUGAAUCUAAUGAAUUGUUCUCCUGUUCGACAAGGGAAUAAUUAAAGGUAUGCAUGCAAAGCACAUGUUUUUGUAAAAGUUCUGUCAAAUUCAACUUGACAACAGCACAAAUCUAGACGAACAAGGUGUUUCACUUCCUAUUUGUUUUGAACAAUGAAGGUUUUCAAUCAACACCAUGUAGACUGCACUGUACGAAUACACUAAUUACAAUCUCCUUAAGAAAGCUCUUCCCCUUGUCUAAAUAAGUUUCUGUUCGCUAGGAAUCUCCAUAACGUACAUUAACCGUAACAAGGCAGAACUCUGUAGCCCUUUCUGUUGUUGGUUUCUGGCCCAGGCUCUGUGCCGUCUCCCCCCAGGAGUUCUGCCUUAAAGGCACCCAGUGCAACUUUAUGUAAACAUUCAAUGAAAAAUAAACAUUCAAUUUCUAGUCUUUUUUACACGUAGUAAGUUUCAAUAACUCCAUACCAUUACAUAUCGACAUUCAAGGAGCAAAGAUGAGACGUCGUUGUGUGGUGAGAACUGAUAGAAAAUCGUAAACAACAACAAUCGCCGGUGGGGAGAAGCCAUUUUUCCAUUGACUGAAAGCCUGCUUUAUUUAUUGUAGGUUACAAAAAAUAAAGAAAAUGGAGUUAUUGAAACUUACUACGUGUAAAAAAGACUAGAAAUUGAAUGUUUAUUUUUAAGCCUCGAAAGUUGCACUGGGUGCCUUUAAGGUAAUUGGACUGCUGUGUAAGAGAUGAUAGGUCACCUGAUAUGGGUAACCUUUUAAUUUGUCAUAUUCCCUGACAUUCUUUUGUACUAUGAAUGCAUAUUUAUCUGCCAAACCCCUCCUCUGGAACUUGAGACCUACACUGAUGUUUUUGUGUGACUUCACAUGCAUUUGAGCAAUUAUAUCUUGCGAUAGCAAGUCAUGCAACCUGUUAUAUGAUUUAUUUAGAAUUUUUGUUUAAUUAUGUGGAAGGCCACUAGAUGGCAGCAACUCUACUAUAUCUGCUGAAAGGAACGUGUACACUGAGAUCGGGUGAAGAUAAUACAUAAUAUGUAUAAUACACAUACAUAAUAAUGAGAAAAUCUCCAUACACUCACUAUGAUAUAAAAUAAUACUUUUUUAUCAA